AUAAACAACUUCGUAACUGUUAUGAUACUUAAUGCUAUGAAAAAGCGGGAAGUUAAACUACUUUCUCACUUCAUUUGUGUUUCUGUAUUAGAGAAUUGAAAGGAUUUGAAAACAUUCUUGCGAUUAAGCCAACUGUUCAAGGCGAAGACGAUGUCCACUAAAGCAGAACGGAGAGCGACCUACGAGAAUAGAGUGGACCAAGAUGGACGGUUGACAGGAAAACACAUAAAAACUCUGCUACACCUUCAAGAUUUACACUCUGAAAACGAUCUCUUAAAAGCCAGAAUUGCUGAACUGGAGCUACAGCAGGCAAAAGCUGCAAGAUGUGAUCUUCUGGAGCGAGAAGUGGAGAAAUUACGGGGUGAUUUGUCAAAAUGUCAAGAGCUUCAUCAGAUUGCAAAUGACACAAAGGAAAAACUACAGCAAAUGCAAAAGGACUGCUUAAUGAAGAUUGAUGAAAACUGCACUGCUUUGACAGAGAAACACAAGAUUGAGAUUAUGAGAAUUGUGUCAGAGAAACUUGAAGCAGAAAACAGCUGGGUAUUGGAAAAGCAACAGUUCAUAGAAAAGAAUGAAGGUCUUCUCAAGAGAAACAAAAUUCUUAAAGAACAACUUGAGUGUUUGGAAAGAACAGGAAGUGAUGCUGCAAAAUUGAGCUCAGCUCUUCAAGAGGCAAAAGCGACUAUUGAAUCCCUUAAACAAAACUGUGAACAGUUAAAACAAGAGAAGAGUAUCCUAGAAAAGAGUGUGCGGGAUUUCAGCAUGGAAAAUGAGUCUCUGUCAACAGAGGUGGACAGCUUGAAAUCUAGGAUAGCGGUUCUGGAAAUGCAGUCAAAAUUGGCCAAGGCUUCUAAAGCUGAGGAGCAGGAUCAAGCGAUGGAAAUUGCUAACCUAAAAGAACUUAUUCAAGAACUUGAAGGGAAAAAUGAAACCUUAACAGAAGAGAUUGAUAAACUGGACAAAGAGAACAAACUUUUGGAAUUCAAUCUUCAAGAUUCCGCUCAAACAUUGAAACACAUGUACAAAGAGAGAGACUUGCUCAAAAACAGGAUCACAGGACUUCUCAAUGAGAUAGCAGCUCUAAAAUCGCAGACACCAGAGAAGCACACUUUUGUAGACUUUGUUCACCUCAAGCGGGAUUACAAUGCAUUGAAAGAGGAACAUGAGAAACUUCUCAAACGACGAAGCUCAAAAACCAACGUGUUACCAACUCUUAAAGCCACUGACAGUACUCUUGUUACACGAGCAUCCAGUGGUGGAACUGUCAGGAGUACAGCAGCAGUGGGGAGGGUGGGUAGUUUUUGCUAAUCUGGAUUAUAGGACCACUCCUCUGUCACCGUCCUUCGCCCCCACCACUGCAAACCUGAUGUCAUUCUGGUAACCUGGAAAGUUUCAGUGAAGGAUGGUUAUACAAUGGCGUUAUCAUCAUCGAUUAUUGAUCUACUGGACAGACGGCUCGAGGUUUCGAUGGCUGAUAAGUCAUGAAAAGCGCAGUUCUAAUCAACUAUUGAAGUUGAUCAGAAAUCAAGAGCUUGAAGUCAGUUGUAUAAGAAUAGCUUUCUUGUAAAAAUCACCCACUUUAUUUUGAUUAUCGAAACUGGCUCUCAUUUAGUUUAAUUAUCAUUGGUUCCUUGAAAACAUAUAAAUUGUUAAGGGUAUACUAUAGAUAAGAACUUCCAGCCUGUGUUGGUUAUCCUCGAGAAAUGCGGUAAAUAUGUAUAAAAAUUAGAACUUUGCACUGGAAUCUGAGAUGUUUUAGUCCUAGGGGCGCGGUUGUUCAUAUAGCAGCUACGACGGAGACUGCGAGGACAACGCCUAGUGAGAAAUAAAGUGAUGUUUUACUCAG